AGUAAACGGUGAGUAUAGAUGAUGAUAAGCCAAACUCUUCCAUUCCUCGAUCUCCGAAUCACUUAAUAAGCUCAUUUACUUUGUUAAUCCCUCAUAUCUCAUUCUCUCCCUCAUCCUGCCUUCACUCUUCCUUCAACAUUUCUCUCUGCAACCAAGAGAAAAAAUGGAUGACAUCGCAUAAAUGCAAUUGAAGCCAUAGAAUACUGCAUAUAACACAUAUAUCCAACUGUAAAAUCAGCGAAGAGCUUUUGAGUUUUCGCCUUGAUUAUACAUGUGAAACAAUGCUCUGCUUAUAUCCAUAUGAUCACUGAAAUCUAGUGGAAGUUAAUUAUAUAUCCCAAUCCCCAAGCAAAAAUUCACUGAAUAAUUAAUUCAGCUUUGGCUUAUAUAUUCCAACAUAUCUAUCUAUCUCCAUAGUCAAAUUAAGGUAUGAAUAAUAUUCCAUUAGAUUACCUGAGAAAAAUGGGUACAUACGAAAUUAAAUACAAUGGUGUCAAUAUGAAGGUGAGUGUAGUGGACAAUGCAAGUGUAGUUGACGAAAAGAUGUCUGAAAUAAGGUCUUUGCUGCAAAGUCAAAGUCAUCGUCUUGUUGGGCUUGACUUCAACAUCAGUUAUUGCCAAGUGAACAUGGUACUAGUUUGUGUUGGGAGUCGUUGCGUAAUCGUUCAAUUGAAUCACAUGGCUCAAAUUCCACAAUCUCUGAUAAGCUUUCUGGGAAAUGAGCAUAUUUGUUUUGUGGGUCGGAAUUUGAACUCCUAUUCUCAUAUAUGGAAGAAACGUUUAGAAAUAGUGGAUCGUAAAAUAGGGGUUGAAGUGGGAUACUUGGCAGCUAAGGUACUGAAGAAGCCCGAACUCCUUAACAGCUCACUUUCAAUCAUAGCAGGGGAAGUUGGUAUUCCCAAAGAAGAACCCAUUUCUGGGAAUUUGGACCCCUUUUCCACGGUUUUCUCACCGGAACAGAUCAAAGAGGCAAUUUAUGAUGUCUAUUAUUCUUAUGCUAUUGGAAACAAGGUCCUGGGGAUGCUUUAAUCAAGUGGUUUGCUCUGUUUUUGUUUGAGUCCCUUCUUGCAUGACUCCCCACAUGUAAUAAGGGUUCCAUAGUAGUGUGUGUUUGCAUUUAAAUUAUCAUACUCGAUCUCUGGAUCUCUGUCAAAUGAAAUAGUGGUUUUGUGACUGUCCUAUAGGUAUGGUUGUCAAAUGAAAUAGUGGUUCCCACUAUGUCAAGAUGUGAGUUCUUUGCUGUUAUAUAUCUAUGGAUCAUAUUUUAUGCAAAUGUGGACUUGUUUUAUGUA